CUGAGGAGGCCCGGAGGAGCACCUGCUGCGCCACACCGAGCCGGACUCUUCUCUCCCAGGAGGGGGGGAGGAGGAAGGAGCGAGGGGGGCCUCCUUCGCUCCCGUUUCAGGUUUCCGCUCCCGACUCCGGGGGGGGGGACCGGCUCCAACGAGUCCAACGCGGCACGGGUCUACGUCCUUUUUCCUCUUCUGCCUUUUAUCUGUUUUUCCCCUUUUCUCUUUUUUUUCUUUUUGAGGUUUGGGGGAUUUGCCAAAACCUGUUUCAUGCAUGUCCAGUGGGGGCAGGUUCGACUUUGAUGAUGGGGGGUCAUACUGCGGAGGGUGGGAGGAGGGGAAGGCCCACGGCCACGGCAUCUGCACCGGGCCCAAGGGCCAGGGCGAGUACUCGGGGUCCUGGAGCCACGGGUUCGAGGUGCUGGGUGUGUACACUUGGCCCAGCGGGAACACCUACCAAGGCACGUGGGCCCAGGGCAAGAGGCACGGCAUCGGGGUGGAGAACAAGGGGAAGUGGGUGUACCGGGGCGAGUGGACGCACGGAUUUAAGGGACGUUACGGCUUGCGGGAGAGCACUGGGAGCAGCGCCAAGUACGAGGGCACCUGGAGCACGGGCCUGCAGGACGGAUACGGCACGGAGACGUACUCCGACGGAGGGACGUACCAGGGCCAGUGGGUGGGCGGGAUGCGGCACGGCUACGGCGUGCGGCAGAGCGUCCCGUACGGCAUGGCGGCCGUCAUCCGCUCGCCGCUGCGCACGUCCAUAAACUCGCUGCGCUCCGAGCACAGCAACGGCGCGGCCCUGCACGGCGACGGGCCGGGCGCGGCCGGGGGCGGGGGCGGGGGCGGGGGCGGGGCGGCGGGCAGCCCGGCCGUGUCGCGGGGCGGCUUCGUGCUGACGGCGCACGGCGAGGCCGAGCUCCUCCGCGGGAAGAAGAAGGGCCUCUUCCGCCGCUCCAUCCUCAGCAGCCUGAAGCUGCGCAAGUCCGAGUCCAAGAGCUCGCUGGCCAGCCAGCGCAGCAAGCAGAGCUCCUUCCGCAGCGAGGCGGGCAUGAGCACCGUCAGCUCGGCCGCCUCCGACAUCAACUCCACCGUCAGCCUGGGCGAGGGCGAGGCCGAGCUGUCGGUCGCCGAGGACGACCUGGACGCCACCACCACCGAGGCGUACGCCGGCGAGUGGAAGAGCGACAAGCGCUCGGGCUGCGGGGUGAGCCGGCGCUCCGACGGGCUGCGCUACGAGGGCGAGUGGCUGGCCAACCGCCGGCACGGCUACGGCUGCACCACCUUCCCCGACGGCACCAAGGAGGAGGGCAAGUACAAGCAGAACUCGCUGGUGAGCGGCAAGCGCAAGAACCUCAUCCCGCUGCGGGCCAGCAAGAUCCGCGAGAAGGUGGACCGGGCCGUGGAGGCCGCCGAGAAGGCCGCCGACAUCGCCAAGCAGAAGGCCGAGAUCGCCCUGUCCAGGACGGCCCACGCCCGGGGGAAGGCGGAGGCGGCCAUGGGUGCGGCUCAGAAGGCGCAGGAGGAGUGUCGGCUGGCCAGGGUCACUGCCAAAGAAUUCUCCCCCUCCUUCCAUCACCGCGGAAACGGAGUGGAGUGCCAAAGGCCAAAGCAUCAGAACUCGAGUGAGAACGACAUCGAGGCCGUCUCCAGCGGCACGCCCGACAGCCCCGAGCUGUACAUGAAGGGCACCACGCCCCCGGACCUGACCCCCGACCUGAGCCCCGUGCCCAGCCGGCCCUCCACCCCGCCCCGCAGCCCGGCCAAGCCCUCGCACCGCACCAAGAACGCCCGCUUCCUGCGGCAGACCGCCGUGGACGACGAGCGGGGGGGCGGAGGGGGAGGAGGAGGAGGAGGAGGAGGAGGAGGAGGAGGCGCGGCCGAGAUCCAGGUGCUGAUGGAGGGCCGGGGGGGCGGGGGGGACUACCUGCGGGCCAACAGCUGGAGCGAGGACAAGCGGCACCAGGGCGGGAGCAGCCGGGGGAGCAGCCGCUCCGCCACGCCCUCCGGGCCCCUGGACGGCCGGGCCAACGGCCACCGGCACGCCUCGGCCAACCACAAGCCGCGGGAGCGCUGGGCGGACUGCCCGUCGGUGGCCUGGACUACGCAGCGGGCUCUGAGCGAGGGCCUGGCGCGCUCGCGGCUGCUGGAGCAGGACGAGGAGAAGCUCAGCAACUACGAGAUGGAGAUGCGGCCGCUGCAGCCCAUGGACUCCGCUUCCCAGAAGCCCUACGGGCACGGCGAGGAGCGCCACGCCCACCCGCACCCCGAGCCCCGCCCGCCGCACGCCCCGCAGAGACUGCGGCCCAAGAGCCGGGAGGGCCGCGAGGGCGGGGCCUGGCCCCCGGGGGGCAGGGACGGGGCGUGGCCGGCGGGGGCCGCCUCCGACCCCACGCCGAAGCUGGAGGCGCGGCCCCUCUGCCGGGACCUCACCCUCUCCCCACCACAGAAGUCUUCACCCAUUGCACUAGAACAGGACGAGGAGAGCAUGACCCAGCUCAAAUCAAACUCGGGUUCCAGCUCUAUUCUGGUUGUCAUGGUGAUUUUGCUCAACAUUGGAGUGGCCAUUUUGUUUAUUCACUUUUUUAUUUAAACAAUGUAUUGCCUAUUAAUUCUUCUUAUUAUCUAUACUAUUGUUAUGAAUUAAUAUGAAUACUAUCAUGGCUAUUCACCCCCCCCCCCCCUCCAACCCUCUUUAGCCUGUUUUGACAAAGAGACAUAAUAAGGUCUAUACAGAAUAUGAAACUCCAUUAAAGAUACACGUGAGGUCAAAUUUAACAGAGCAGCAAAUGCUCAAAUCCACCAUUCUACUCAUAACGUUACCUGCCGUUUCCUCAUUCCUUUCAAAGACCAUUUUAACUUAUUAUUUAAAUAAUUUAUUUAUUGGUUAACGAUAUUACGAUGAAUUGCAAAUUAUUGUUUUUUUGGGGGGUUUUUUUCAAUUGCCUUGUUUUGCUCUGUUGAUGAUGUCGAUGGGUUCAUUACUUUAUAUAUUUUAUUUUUCUUGGGAAGUUUAACAAAAAAGAGAUUAGAAUCUGGCGCGGGCUUGUUAAACCAUGUUGUGGCCCCUGGGUGAAGCUCCGCCCCUGGAGCGGUUCCCAUGGUGACGCCCGCGCCCGCUCACCGUCGCCAGGUGAGGAGAUCCAACGGGACGUGUCUGUUAAUCUUUCCGGAAAACAGAUGGCCGUGUGGACAGAAGCUGACCCCAUCCUCCCCCUCCUGGACACGCCCUCCCCCCCUUUCCACAGCCGCGGGGGAUUGUGGGAUAGGUGGAGUCUGGAGAAGAGAAAGGAUUCUUAAACAGGGCUACUCACUCUCAACCGUAUGCAACAGAGGAGAGACAGGCUGUCUGAAAGGGCUUCAUCACUGCAUUCAUGUCCGCAUGGAAACCCAGAAAUGUUUUCUCACCAUAAUGACCAUGCGCACCCAGAAACACACACACACACACACACACACACACACACGUACAACACAGACAAGCUAACGCACACACUCAUAUAUACUGUACACUCACACACACAUACACACACACGCAUAAAUAUACACAUACACAUAUACUGUACACUCACACACACAUGCACUCACACACUAAUGAAACAUACAUGCACACCCAAGCACAUAAACACACUCUCCACACUCACGUAUACACACACCGCACUCAGAAACAUAUGCAAAUGCAUACAAGAACAGCAAGCAUAUAAACAUACACAUAGCAUUCACACACAUAUGCAAACGCACAUAAACACACACACACACUUAUGAACACAGACACACCGCGCUCGCACAGAUACGCAACGGCACACAUACACAGCGCUCUCCACCCACAUCUGCUCCGCCUGCCAG